CAAUAAUGACAUAAGCGUCAGAAGUCGUACUAAGCCCUUCCCAAAGGUUUUGACAUCAGCCAUUCAAAUCAACUUAUUCAAAUGUUUUAACCCUGUGGUUCUCAACUGGUUUUGCCUCGGGACCCAAAUAGAACCAGAUUGUCUCAGCUACGAUCCAAUAUUCACAUGGUGGUUUUUUGGGGUUUGUUGCCAAAAUGUAAUCUGGAUUUUUUUUUUUACAGUACUAUUUGAUAGUAAAUGUACUAAUUAUAUGACAAGGGAACAACAGUACCUCAUUUUUCAUUUUGUCCAUAUUCUUGAUGAAGAAUGUUAAGUUCACUGGGUUGAGACGGCAAAAUCAACCAAAUAGUUCUGAUUUCUACACACUUUCUACCUGGUUUUAGUCGUUUCAGUUUAGACUGAAAUGUAAAAAAUUGAAAGUAUAAAAAAAUAAAGACACUCGCCAGUUGAGAAUCGCUGUUUUAACCCACACUCCAAUGUUCAAACAAAUUACAGCUCUGCCUCUGGACGACUGGUCUAUGGAUGCGACUAGUGAGCUUCUGACCGUGCGGUCGUCUAUGCACAUUUCUGUGCGUGCAUUUAUGCACAUUUCUGUGUGUGCAUUUUGUCAAAUGUCAUGUCUGUCUCCCUGCCCGUGAAAGACCUGUCAGCCUUGAUAAUUCUCUCUUUUUUUUAAACCUCAAAUCACAUUAACCUAAUUUGUAUUAAGCCCCCCAAAAAUUCAGAAUAGGUUGAUUUGCUUAGAAUGAAAGUCUCAUGGUUGGGAGGUGGGAUACUAACUGUGUUUUACAGAAAAACAUAGAAACAGACACUCACUGACAGAAUCAGAUGCAAUUUGUCAAAUUUACUGCAAAAGCCAAAGCAUCCUUUCCAAUCCUCAACUACUUAGUCAUUUCCCUAUUCAUUCCCAUAGUGGGUUAUAAUGAUGCAACUGAUAUGUCAAUUCUGGCAAAUGCCAGAUGGGCUGGACCAUUUUUUGUUGUUGGGUGGGCUGGAUGAAAAUUGACAGCAAUUUAUUUUAUUUUAUUAUAUAAAACAAUGAGCAAGGUGACAUGGACGGCGGUAUACUUAUCUAUAAUAAAGGUUUGGCUGAUCAGUCGGCAACGGCCAAGAUCAUGGAUCGUAAAAAAAUCUAGGGUGCCUAUAAAUGUAGUUCGAGCACAUUCUACAUUGUCACUUCACUCAAAACAAAUGUGUGGCGGCUAAAACCAUGAUUUGGUCCAACAGUAAAGUGUAUUAUCCUCAUGAUUCCUGUAAUGAAAGUGGCUGUCCUGUGUCUGUGUCUGUGUCUGUGCCCUCGCUGGGGCCUGCUGCUGUGAUGAGCGAGCCCCUCUCCUACCGCCCCCCCAUCAGCUCGAAAGACAAAUGCGUUCUGAUUGUAUAACAUUGCAAAAUGCAAUUGCGGAAAAAGCACAGCUUUUGAAGCUUCGUUCCCUUCUCUCUGACGAAGAGAGCUUUCUGUCGGUAUCAUUUUAUUUAUCAACUCUCAAUAUUCAGCUCAAUAACUAUUUUGAUAUGGCGAAAUGCGCAAUGGAUAUUGCGAGGGCCUCAUGGGUAGGACAUUCAAUUUACUGUUGGAUGAAUACAUGGCUACUAUCGGUGUGUGUUUAUAUUUAGAGUUAGCUAUCUAAUGAACUCAUUUUGUGUUUUCACUUUCUCAGGUUUUGAACCCUAAAUGAAUCAUCCUAUUAUAUGAGUUAGUGCACAUAAAGAUGUAUGUAAUUCAUCUCUUUUGGAAAAAAGGAGGAAAUUCUGGUGUCCUAUUUGACAAGGGUGACCAGUCGUUCCUGAUUUCCGGGGACAAUCUCUGAUUUUAGAGGCGUUCAUUGAAAUUGUCCCCGAUUAGCCCUCAGAAAGAAAAAAGCAACUCUGAAGUUAAAUUGAGGCAGAUAUUUCAAUAAUCAAACGCUGUACCCAAUCAUAUUUGAAUGUACAAAUAAUGUCUAUAUCCCUGUUCCAAACAAAUUUCCUCCCGCGGUUUCGCCACAGACCUUUUAUGAGAAUGUUUGAUCAGUGAUACAUUGUAACCACCGCGUAAACUACGCCCAUGGCUAGAAAGUGCAUCCAACAGCAUAGGCUACCAAACUUGUGUGUAAAAUGACUAGAUAGGCAAAGAUAUAAGAAACUGUGGAGGGGCAGUUGCUUUCUGUGUUGUAAAUAAUGCAAGUAUUUCAAAGUACUAAAGCGAAAUGUUAUAGUUUAAUAUAUGUAUUUCCAUCCAUGCCAUUGUUAUAUAUUUUUUUUGGUCAACUUGAAAUUCAUGACAAUCACUGGAUUGCACAUCAAAAUAUCUUGAAUCAUGCAUUCCUGCUUGGAUGUGUUAGAUGAAAUAUAUAUAUUUUAAAAUACCUCGGUAGCUAUUUAUUGCACUUAUUGAAGGACUAUGAAGUACUUUGUCUGACCAAUUUAUGGGCAGGUGCCACCAACAAAGUUAGGGGGAAAUUAGUUGGCUGUGCGCAUAGUGCUUUGGGCUGGUGUGGAUAAAAUGCUAGGGCCGAAAUCUUGUCUCAGUCCGCCCCUGCUCUGCCCUACUUUUACCAUGGUGAUGAUGCUGCAGCGGAGUGAGGAGGAGCAAGAGUAUCCCACAAUGCCCUUGUCGGGGCCGGAGAUUGAUGCUGCCUGCUGCAGCUCGUGAGCUUCUGUUGAGCUUACGCUUGUUGUUCCUGCCGCAGCUCGUGCUGCCAUUUCCAGACAGUCAUCUCACACUAGCCGUUCGCGAUCACCAGUGCGUGCUUGACCGUGCGGCGAACACAGAUCCCCGCCGCUUUGGGUCCCUUCAACAAACGCGACCAUAAAAAGGACGGACACUGUCAUCCAGCGAUACCCACCGUAGACCGUCUCUGUCUCCCGGAGUAGCCGGGGAGAGGGGGUCCAGCGCCAGCCGCAGCAUGAGCAUGGACCCCCUGGCCAAGCCCUGCCCGUCCCAGGCGGAGCACAACCCCGGGACCUUCAGCGGCCGGCUGACGGCGUUGGAAGCUGCCGGGGAGGACAGCGAGUCCGGCUGCGGCGAAGAGGAGGCCAUGGGGGGCAGCGAUACGUUCAGUAGCCUCGUCGAGAUGGAGGUGGAGACGCUGGAGGAGAAAUUAAAGGGUCUGGCUUUUAGGAAACAGACUUCGUAUCGGAAAGCCAUCUCGCGGUCGGGUCUCCAGCACUUGGCCCCGGUCCACAAACCCAUGGCCCCCGUCACUAACGGACCUUCCAAGGAGAUACGCACGUCCGUUGACUGGACAGAGACUGCUGUGAACGGAGACCACCUGUGGCUGGAGACCAGUUGUUCUGGAGAGCUGUGCUACCUGGGAGAAGACACCUGUGUACUGAAGACUGCAAAGUCUGCCCCCAGGAGGAAGUGUGGAGCAUGUAAGAUCGUAGUCCACACCGCCUGCAUCGAGCAGCUCGACAAGAUUAACUUCCGCUGUAAACCAACGUUUAGAGAAGGAGGCUCUCGCUGCCUCAGAGAUAAUAUGUUGAGGCACCACUGGGUGCACCGGCGCCGCCAAGAGGGGAAAUGCAGACAGUGUGGGAAGAGCUUCCAGCAGAAGUUCUUCCACAGUAAAGAGAUUGUGGCCAUCAGCUGCUCCUGGUGCAAACAAGCUUUCCAUAACAAGGUGACGUGUUUCCAGCUACAUCAGAUUGAGGAGCCCUGUUCUCUGGGGGCUCACGCCGGGGUCAUCGUCCCCCCCUCCUGGAUCAUCAAAGUCAGGAAGCCACAGAGCUCGUUCAAAAACUCUACUAGGAGGAAAAAACGCACAUCAUUCAAAAGAAGGACCAGUAAGAGAGGAACUGACGAGUCAAAGUGGCGUCCGUUCAUGCUGAAGCCCCUUCCCUCCCCUCUGAUGAAACCUAUUCUAGUCUUUGUCAACCCCAAGAGUGGAGGCAACCAGGGUACCAAGGUGUUACAGAUGUUUAUGUGGAUCCUGAACCCUCGCCAGGUGUUUGAUCUCUCCCAGGGAGGGCUCAGAGAGGCGUUGGAGUUGUACAGGAAAGUGCCAAACCUGCGUAUUCUGGCCUGUGGUGGAGACGGGACGGUGGGGUGGAUCCUGUCAGCGCUGGAUGAAUUAGGAAUGGCCCCCCAUCCACCUGUAGCUGUACUUCCUCUGGGGACAGGAAAUGACCUCGCCAGAACCCUCAACUGGGGAGGGGGUUAUACAGACGAGCCGGUGUCCAAGGUACUGUGUCAGGUGGAGGACGGCUCUGUGGUGCAGCUAGACAGAUGGAACCUUCAGGUGGAGAGAAGCCCCGCCCAGCCGGAGGAGGGCACACAGAAGCUCCCACUGAAUGUGUUCAACAACUACUUCAGCCUGGGCUUCGAUGCCAACGUCACACUGGAGUUCCACGAAUCCAGGGAAGCCAACCCUGAGAAAUUCAACAGCCGCUUCCGCAACAAGAUGUUCUAUGCAGGGGCUGCAUUCUCUGACUUCCUCCAGAGGAGCUCCAGGGAUUUGUCUAAACACGUCAGAGUGGUGUGUGACGGGACGGAUCUCACUCCUAAGAUCCAGGAGCAGAAGUUCCAGUGCAUCGUCUUCUUAAACAUCCCCAGGUACUGUGCAGGCACCAUGCCAUGGGGGAACACAGGAGACCACCGGGACUUUGAGCCUCAGCGCCAUGACGAUGGCUGUAUUGAAGUCAUCGGCUUCACCAUGUCCUCCCUUGCGGCACUGCAGGUAGGAGGUCAUGGUGAGAGGCUGCACCAGUGUAGAGAGGUGACUCUGACCACCUUUAAGACCAUCGCUGUACAGGUGGAUGGAGAGCCGUGUCGCUUGGCCCCCUCAACCCUCCGGAUCUCCCUACGCAACCAGGCCAACAUGGUACAGAAGAGCAAGAGACGCACCUCAGUACCCCUGCUCAAUGAUAUUCAGAACGUGUGUGCAGCCGACCUGCGCCGCCUCUCUGCUCCCCCUGACUCCUUCUCUGUCCCCCAUGCUGUCCCCGAGCGCCUCCGCCUCAGAGUCCACCGUAUCAGCCUGCAGGACCACGACAGACUGCAGUUCGACAAGGAACGACUCCGAGAGAUCUCGAUCGCUGUGGGGAUUGUGGUGGUGAGAGGCGACUGUGACCUGGAGACCUGCAGACUCUACAUAGACAGGCUACAGGAGGAUCUUCAUCAGGCUCCAUCUGCUGGCCACCGAGUGCAUUACCAGGAUGAGUGUCGAGGUCUACCGCGACCUGGCUCCGCCCACAGGCUGCCCCCCAGCUGGAGCUUCCUGGACUCUACGUCUACGGACCGUUUCUACCGUAUAGACAAGGCCCAGGAGCACCUGCACUAUGUGACCGAAAUCUGCCAGGAAGAGGUGUUUAUCCUGGACCACGAUGGACUAGCGGGGGGACAGGCCACAGCCAUGCCUGACCUGGUGGUGGAGCCCAACUCUGGGAGCCCGCUGACGUCUGAGGAACAAGCACUGCUGACGGCUGCCUCCUCUGGGGACCUGACUACGUUGUCGGGCAGCUUCUUUCGCGGGACCAGCCUCCUGGUGAGGGAUUCUACUGGUUGUAGUGCACUACACCUGGCCUCUCAGCACGGACACACUGAAGUGGUCCGCUUCAUACUGGAGCACGGGUCAAAGGUGCUCCUGGAUUUAACCAACAGAGAAACAGGAGAUACUGCCUUGCACAAAGCGGCCUCUCGGAAGCAUCACGCCGUGUGUCGUCUUCUCAUGGACUCCGGAGCUUCCCUCAUCAAGACCAACUUCAAGGGUAAGACCCCAGUAGAGCAAGCUCGUGAUGCGGGGGACCAAGAGCUGGCCUCCUACCUGACCAGCAAACAGCUCCCUACCACUGUCUCCCACGAAGAUCUAGAGACUGCUGUAUGAGAGAGAGAGAGAUAGAGAAGACAAGAGAGCGAGAGAGAGAGAGAAGACUUCGCAUGGAGAGAGGGGAGGACAGAGAGAAGAGGAUGAGAGAUGGAGGAGAGAGGUAAGCCCCCUUCACGUCCAUAGAUUGACUGAGGGGUGGACAGACGGAUGGACAGACAGGAGCAGCCUGACGCGCUUUAGACUCCAUCAUCACCAUUACUCUGUUCUUUCCUGCACAGGAAAAUGUUUCAUCGAAAUUAUUAUUUAUUAUUGCUUUUAUUUAUUUAUUGAUUGAUUGUAAACGUAUUUGAGUGUUUGGGGUAUGGAGUUGCCUGUUGUUCACUGAAUGCCACGGUCUGGGCUAGGUUAGGGUUCAGGGGGUCAGGGGUCAGGGAUCAGAGGUGAGGGUUCGCAGACACACAGACCCUCUCUCAGUGCGGCCCUGCAGCCUUACAUAGUUUCAAUGUAUGUAUUUCCCAGAAGGCCUUUGUGAAUCAUUCAGACGUGUGCCAACGACACAGAGCACUGUGAGGCAGGGACAGCACCCAGCACCCUCCAUACUACUACCACUGCUACAUUAGGAUACCACUACUGCUAUCCCAACAACACUGCUAGGCUUGUAGACAACCAAUUCUAAGCCUCCACAGCCCCCCCUGGAGGCCAGUGUGGGACUGAGAUGAGUGGACAGACAGCUAGGCAGACAACGAAAAGAGAGACGGAAAGAUUCUCCAUGCAGCCCUGGGGACCCAUUACACACCCAACCUAGAGCUCUACCCGAGCAGCAUGUACAUACCUACAGACUGUGUGUGUGUGUGUGUGUGUGUGUGUGUGUGUGUGUGUGUGUGUGUGUGUGUGUGUGUGUGUGUGUGUGUGUGUGUGUGUGUGUGUGUGUGUGUGUGUGUGUGUCUUCAGUUAUUUCCGACUUGCAUGUGCGUGUUUGUGUGAUGGAAAGACAGAGGGGGAGUGUGUGUGCAUGUGU